AUGAGGCUAAGUUUUAUCUUUCAACUCUUGUUCCUAUUCUUUCUGCUUUUCUCCACAAUACUCUCUUCAAGGCCACUUACAAGUGAACAAGGAGAGAACUUUUUUUUGGAGUUAGAAGGAGGUGAAUCUUUGAAGCUUAUGGAAAUGGAGAAUUGCAAUAUUGAAGAUGAAGAAUGUAUGAAGAGAAGAGUGACUUUAGAAGCCCAUCUAGACUAUAUCUACACCCAACAUCAUAAGCCUUGA